UUAUAAUUAAUAACAUAUGCGUUUUUCCUGCGAAUUUACUGAAUUUUGCUAAUGUACUUGGUAUUAUUUUUUUCUUUCUUAAAAUUCCACCUGUGCAGCUGAUCAAAGAAGGUCAAGGAGACGGAUGUAGAUGUGAGGUCAAAAAUUAGGAUGUCAAGCUGCACAUGGCCUAAGGUUCUUCUUUUUGGUGAUUCAUUGACCCAGAGAGUUCUACGAAAUAAGUAACCAAAAAUGUCUCACCUGAAGAAAGUUUGGCCAAAGUUGAUUCUUAUAGGAAGUUCUAGUACCCAGUAUAGUUUUUCUGCAGAUGGCUGCUGGGGAAGCUUACUUGCCAAUUUCCUACAAAGGAAAUGUGAUGUUAUUAAUAGAGGAUUUUCUGGAUACAACACAAGAUGGUGCAAUAAAAUGAUUCCAUCUAUCUUAAGCGAGUUUGAUGCUAAAAAUAUUUCCAUGGUAACAGUAUUUUUGGGUGCUAAUGACUCUAAUCUUCCCACCAACAAACAGCAGCAUGUUCCUUUGGAGGAAUUUAAACAGAACAUAUUGGAAAUAGUUCAGAAAAUACAAGAUCAUGGUGUGCCUAGAGAAAAAGUAGUUAUUAUAGGACCACCAGCCAGUAACAUUUCAGCUUGGGAAAAAGACUGCCAAAUCAAUGGUAGAGUGUGCACAAAGAGUAACACAGAAACAGCCAAAUACGCAAAAGCUUGUGUGGAAGCUGCCAGGGAAUCUGGAUGUAGUUCAGUUGACAUGUACACAGAAAUGGUGAAAGAGAAAGACUGGGAAAACAUGCUUAAUGAUGGCCUUCAUCUUUCAUCAAGAGGUUGUGAAUAUUUGUUUGACCUAUUGAAACCAGUAGUUACCAAGGUAACAGCAGAAUUGCCUAUGUUAUAUCCAGAUUGGAAACAGGUGGAUACUAAUAAUCCAGAAUUACCCUUCAAUGGAAAGUGAAACUAUUACUGAAUGAUGUGAUAUGAUUUUAAAUCUUUAUGUAUAAAAUGAUAUGUGUACUGAUUUUUUUAUAAAGCAUAUAUGUAUAUGAACAAAAGUGUCUUCUUUAUGAUAUGACUUGCAUUCCCUCACUACAUGGAUUGUACUCUGCUCUGAAACCAGGCUCUGAAGUUUUUCAAAGGAUGAAACCUAAAGGCAAUCUCAAACUUCAUAUUACAUGUACUUAGAUUUUGAAACAAGAUUGGCUAGAUAUUUUGUUUGGUACUUCCUAAUGUCAAAAUGUUAAAUGUAAGUGAGCUGUCAGACAGUCAUUUCCCGUUUGAAGAUAUGUUGAAUUUCCACUGUGCAUGGAUUUUUCUCAACUUCUAAUUAGGAGUUGGGUAGACAUUACAUUUCGUGCUUAUAAAUAUUGACAGAAAAAGAAUGGAAACCACUU